AUGUGUGACGGAAGAGGUCCUGGAUCAGCCCCUGACGAUUCUAUACCUGCAAAAGAAGAGCAUUACAAACUUUUAAAUGCAGAACUUGAAGCAAAAAAUGCAGAUAUAAUCAGACAGGCAGAUCUACUCUUGAAAGAACAAAAUACACUUUUUUCAAAGCCCCUGUCGACUGUCAAACUCACAGACUUUGAGGAAGAUGGGAGAAUAAUGACAACUUUACAUGACAGUAGUGAAAAGCCUCACAUUAAGGUGAAGACCAAGCAUCAGGCAACAUUCAAAGCCAUUCAUUCUGGAAAACAGCCCAAAGAUAAAACAAUAAGAUCAAAAAUAUCAUCUGGCAACUAUUUGGUUGCAUUGGAAGAAGAAGCUGGUACAUUUCUGUCAAAGACGAUACUGAACAUGGAAGAAAAGAUGAAUGAAGAGCAGUUUUCCGACCCCUUCUUUAUAGAAACAAAGACACCUGAUGUUUCAGAUGCGCAAAUGCGAGUGUUGAAAGCCAAAUUUCGGAUUAUGCAAGAGGAAUUGGAUCAACUAACCAGUGAAUACUAUAAGAAGGAUGAUGAAAAUAUUAGGCUCAAUUCCAAAAUCAAGGAGCUGGAGGAGGAGCGGUCAAAGCUACAAAAGUCAGAGAGCAUCCUGAAGACACAAAUUGAAAAACACAAAGUUUUGGUUGAGACAUCUGAUAAAAAGUGUGAAGGACUUCAGAUGCACAUAGUGGAGUUAAAUAAGGAAAUUGAAAGCCUUAAUAGAUCCAGCAAACAGACAGCAACACUUCAUAAUAAUGUAGAGAUUCGCCUGAAUAGAGCAACAGAGGAAUCUCAGAGACUUAAGAGCGAACUCAACAAAAUUAAGCAGAUGAACAAGGACAAAAGUGAUGAGCAAUAUCAAGGCAGAGAAAACCUACAAGCAGAAAAUAAAAACCUUAAAAAACAGAAAGCAGAACUUGUUAUUGGCUUCAAGAAACAACUAAAACUUAUAGAUAUUCUCAAACGACAGAGGAUGCAUUUUGAGGCUUCUAAGCUUCUGUCCUUCACUGAAGAGGAGUUCAUGAAAGCACUUGAUUGGGGAGAGUUGUAA